UUUCAAAGAGCAGCAGAACUUUCGAGGGAGCAAAAGCAACAGCAACGAACAGACGUCUCCGAGUUAUAAGUUGCAAAGGACGCCUGGCUGUCGCGAAAACUAAUUUGAUCAGCGAACGAUACAAAAUACCAACGAAAGUCAACGCUCUCAGUGCUUGUGUUCUGCCAGUCGAAUUUUGUAAUUGCCCAAAACGGAAAAGUUAAAAGUUCCAAACUGAAAUCCAUGUGAAAUUUCGCACGUAUCGAUUUGUUCCAAAAACUGCAUUUUGUCAAACACACACACACACACACCUCACACUCAAAGAGUGUGCGCUUGUGGUGGUGAGCGGAAACGGAAGGAGACAGAGAGAGAGAGAGAGAGACAGAGAGCCGGAAACAGCUGCUGCGACCACAAAAAAAGUGCAAACACCAAGCAACAAGCAACAAUUGAAAGAUGACGCCAUAGAAGUUACCUGGAAAACCCUCAGCAUCCCAUCUCUCAGCAUCAGUGACAGACAGGCAGGCUUCCCAGCAUCAUCACCAGGGGAUCCCCACAAAGACGAAUCCACAAACGAUUCUGUGCCAAACGAGACGAGGACCACGACGACAACCGCACGAACGGCGGAGGCUGAACGGCUGCUGCUGUCGGUGCAGACGGGACGACAUUCAGACGAAACUGGGCCAACCGGGGAAGGCCCGCUCGCCGCUCGGUAUUUGUGCACUCGGUGGGUACCACAGCAGAGACAACCCAAUGCAUUUGGGUGUACAACAACAACGCCCCAAGCAACACCAACAACAACGCGAGCAACAAGAGAAACAUCAGAGGCGAUUCAGGUUCAGUAAAGGACGCCAAUGUCAUCCCUACAGCGUGACUGGAAUUUGCAGGGUUCCAGGGGAUCGAUUUACUGCGCGAGUGAACCGGACCCAGCUGGUGGAGUCCAGUACGAGUCGGGAGGGUUCAUUCUCAACACGAAGACAGCGGCUAGCUCCGGCGUGGGACUGGGUGGAGGUGUGGGAGACGGCGGCAGCGUUGGCAUCGAGUGCGGAUCCCUCUUCUCGAUCGUCUCAGCGCCACCCGCACCGCUGCCCACAGUGCCGGCCGUUGUGGUGCCGCUUGCCGAGCUGCAUGUCAAGCAGAUGGAGUCGGAGUCCCAGUGCCUGCCCUCGAUGUCCCCGUCACCGGUCCGGCGACCCGCCACACUCACCCUGGACGCCCCCUGCUGCCCGCGCACCCUGCACGCCAGCCUGCUGGAGCACCAGAUCUCCGAGCUGGAGGAGGACGACAACGAGAACCUGUUGACUGUCUCCAGCAUCACGGCGCGGCCGUUGAUAGCCAAAUCGCACGAGCUGCGCAGCAGUCGCAAGACGCAGCAGCAGUACGGAAACGGAACCGGCAACGGCAACGGAUCGCAGACGGCGAAGAGCAAAUGCAUCCGCAGGGCCAAGGAGCGGGACAGGAUCGUGCAGCGACGCAGCAAGCCGCCGGCCAAGGAUCGCGACUCCUCCACGACGACAACGGAAAGCGGUGGGGGCAACGUGGAGCCUCCCGACGGCGGCUAUGGCUGGUUCAUCGUUUUCGGGGCCUUCUCCGUGCAGUUCUGGGUGGCCGGGCUGGUCAAGUCCUACGGAGUGCUCUACGUGGAGAUAAUGGAGACGUUUCCCAGCUCAACGGCCACGGUGGCAUCCUGGAUACCGGCCAUUCUCUCGGCCCUGUGCCUGGUCCUUGCACCCCUCUCGAGCGCCCUGUGCCAGCGAUUCUCGUGCCGGGCCGUGGUCUUCGUGGGCGGCAUCUUCUGUGCCACGGGCAUGAUGCUCAGCUACUUUGCCACCAGCCUGGUGCACCUGCUCUUCACCUUCGGCAUUCUAACGGGCAUUGGCGGAGGCCUCUCCACCACGCCGGGCAUCGUCAUCGUGUCCCAGUACUUUGACACGCACCGCGCCCUGGCCAAUGGCAUCUGUGUGUCGGGCACGGCGGCCGGCAGCUUCAUCCUGCCGGUGCUCAUCAAGCAUCUGGUGGAGAAAUGCGGCUUCCAUGCCACCCUCCUCAUUCUGGGCGGCUGCAUGCUGCACGUCUGUGUCUCGGCGAUGCUCUAUCGUCCGAUCAGCGCGUAUGUGGACCCGGGCCAGGGCCAGGGCCAGGGCCAGGCGCCGGAGGCCACUGAGAAGCCGCUGAGCGAGGACAUCAAUCCGAGCACGACGGGCAUCCUGACCACAUCCACCUACCUGGACACCUGCGAGGUGGUGGGCGACAAUGAGCUGAGCGACAAGUUCAUCGAGCAUUUGUUCCUCGAGGAGUCGAAGAACCACCUGAACUACUACACCAGCAAGCAGCCAGCAGCAGCAGCGGCAGCAGCAGCAGCAGCAGGUGAGUGCAAUGGGAGCUCUGGGCAGCGGCCCUCACUACUGUUGCAUUCGCCAGCACACGACAAGUCGGCGCAGGAGAGCGACGACGAGGUGAAGGACAUCAUUGGCGAGACCACCUUCAUCAAGCCCAUGAAGAAGGUGCGCAGCUCCGGGCUGCUGCACUCCGUCGAGGAUCUGAGCACCGACUCCACCUGGGUAUACCGCAAGCACUCGGGCACGGACUCGAAUCGCGGCAGUCGCCGGCGUCGCAAUGUCUUCGCCAACGACGAGGUCAUCUCGAAGAUCCAGGCCCACCUGGAGAGGCCACUGUCGCCGCCGAGCGUGGUCAGUCGCGGGCUCAGCAAGAGCAUGGAGAUCCCCACGCCGGUGAGCAACCUCAGCGAGCUGAAGCAGCAGCAGCAGCUGUCGGACAGCGGCAUCCUUGACUCCCAGCUGAUGGAGUCCCUAAAUGGCGAUGGUGGGCCGGAGGACGACGACGACGACGAUGAAGAUGAUGAGGAGCAGCUGCCGCGUACCUGCUGCGAGCGCAUCGAGAUGUAUCUGGACAUCAGCCUGCUGCAGGAGCCGCGAUUCAUUCUGAUGACCCUCUCCGUCACCCUCAUGUCCGUUGGCUGUCCCUACAUGCUGUACUAUCUGCCCGCCCAUGUCAUCUCCAUAGGCUACAACAAGAGCGAGGCGGGCUAUUUGGUGGCGAUCAGCGCAGUCCUGGAUCUUUGUGGGCGCCUGGGCCUCGGCUGGCUGUCGGAUCUGCAUCUCUUCGAUCGCAAAAGGACCUACACCCUCUGCAUUUUGGGCGCCGGCCUGGCGGUUCUCACCAUUCCCUUUGCCAAGACCCUGAUCCUGGUGGGUCUAUCCGCCGCCGUGUACGGCCUCUGCCUGGGCAGCUGGUAUGUGCUGAUGCCCGUCCUCCUUGCGGACGUCUUUGGCACGGAUAGGAUCAGCUCCAGCUAUGGGCUGGUGCGCAUGUUCCAGAGCAUUGGAGCCAUUUCGGUGCCGCCGCUGGCUGGUCUACUGCGUGAUCUGUCGGGUGACUAUGAGAUCUGCUUCUACUGCAUGGGCUCCUGCAUGGUGCUCGGCUGCACACCGCUCAUCGUGUGGUCCAUUCUGGAGGCGCGCAACCAUCGUCUGUUCGUGCAGGGCGAGGAGGACUGCGAGGAUGACUGCGAGGAUGCCUAAGGGACGGGCGAGUGUGUGUUACGAAUUGUGUUACGGGUUACUAAUUAGUUACUAAUGGCUGUCGCCCCAUAAGCUAAUCGUGUUUUAGUAGCCAAAACGAACAGACAGAGAGAUAACCAAAACUAGUUGAGUUCCUGAGUUUCAAAGUUGCGAAUGCCUCACCGAUUCUAGCCACUAUCCACUACCAAUUACUGAUUGUAUUAGCCCCACAGCCCACUAUCUUUACUCUAUCCUCGAGCCAACACAUCCCACUCCCUCUCGCACCUCUCGCAUCUCUCGCAUAUAUAUUUAUCUAUAAAAGGAUCUAUGCAUCCCCCCGUUGCUUGUUAUAUUUCAGUUGAGCACAAACCAGAUCGUUUGUAUGUACAAUACUUAUGUAUAUCUUGCUGCAGAUGAGGCGAGUCGAGGCGAGACGAGACUUGACGAAGAGAUUCAAACGAAACAAAACAAAACAAAGAUUCAAACAACCUACUGAGCACCAAAACGUUGCGCAAAAAGAACUGAGUUAAAAAAAGACAUGAAAAAUAACUACCCGUAUAUAAAUAUAUAUAUAUAAUAUAUAAAAUAUCUCCAUGGACUAACCCACGUAUUUCCAUGCCCCGAAAAUAAAAACGAAUAGACAGGCAGACUAUAGGGACUAGGUACGCAUAUAACCCAUAUCAGAAUUGUUUCCCCGUUCGCUUCAUAGACAGCGGAGGGCUAUAUAUGUAUGAACAGGUAAUAUGUACGAGUAGGGCAAGGGUCAAUGUCUAUCCUGUCAUCACCACAUCGCGUUGCAUUAAUCUAGUUGUAUGUAAUAUAGUUGUUGUGAGACAUUUACCCAUAAACGGAAACUAACAAAUAAACACAAAAUCA